AUGACUGAUGAAUGCUGUUAUGUGUGCAACGAGUGCCCAAAUUCCUAUGCAACAUUAGAUGAUUUGGAACGGCACAUGGAACAAGUACAUGCAGGAUUGUACUGCUUAGAUACAAAUACCAGUGUUACAGCUACCUUACGAUUACCUGGAAAGGAAAUUGGUGACGAUAAAGAAUACUGCUUCAAAAGUGAGACUGGUGAUCAAAAAAUGAACACUUUGGGACAUAAUGUCCGGCAUGGUGAAAGUGGUGGUGAUUCACCGAGCAGCUCGGAUCUGUCAAAUUUUGAUAGCACAGUCGAUGCUACAAAUUAUAAUUUAGAUGAAAGUAUGAAUGAAGAGGAACGUAAAACAUUUGGAUGUCGAUUUUGUCCGAAAUUGUUUCAUGAGCGAUCACAGUUAAACAUACACUACAAACAUACGCAUCGUGAUAAGCCGCAAUAUGAAUGUGAUGAAUGUCAUGUUAUUUUCGCAGUUAAACGCGAACUAAGCACUCACAUGCGUACUCAUAGCGGAGAACAACCUCACACGUGUACGCAAUGCGGUAAACAAUUCGGUACUCGUCAGUUACUCAAGAAACACUGGAUGUGGCACACUGGUGAGCGGUCGCAUAUAUGCCCACAUUGUGGUAAAGCGUUUUUCCAGAAGGGACAUUUAACGCAACAUCUUAUGAUUCAUGCGGGAGGACGACCGCAUCAAUGUCCAUUAUGCCAAAAAACAUUCAUUUUCAAGUUCGAUCUCAAUCGACAUAUGAAAAUUCAUGCUGAACGCGGAUUCUCUUGUGAAAAAUGUGGUCGGUCGUUUUUGAAACAGUUGCAGCUUGAUGAGCAUGCCCUCAAAUGUAAAGGUGUUACGGGUGUUCGAAGUCAACCAAUCACUCGAACAAGCACACCUACGGCUGAUACUGGUAAUGGUAUUGGAAAUUCUAUUAUUAAUGUAAAAUCUGAACUUCGAUCACCAGUUGGGCCAUCACUUGGCAGACGACAGUCUAUUUCAGCUCAACAACAUCAGCAUCAGUUGCAAAUUUGCCAACAGCAAAAGCAUCAAGUAGUAAGCAGUACUCCUGCUGCUGCACCAUCAGUUCUUUCUUUAGAGGAAAUGAGCAAGGUAGCUCAGUUACUCGCAAUACAACAACAGCAACGAGCCCUUGCAGCAGCUGCUGCAGCACAGCACAAUGUAAUUGCACAUGCAGCAGCAGCAGCAGCAAAUCCGCUGUUACAAGUGAGUGCAUUGCAAAAUUUCGCUCAAAGCCUGAUAUCUAAUGGGCCCAACAAUCAGCAGCAGCUCACGGGUCAAACGUUCUUUUGUGCUUUCUGCAUGAAGCAUUUCAACACCCAAGCUUCAUUUACAUUACAUCUCACAUUCGUUCAUUUUCGCAGCAGCAUGAACAUGCACAGUUGCUUCUCAGAACAGUUUGAUAAUGAGGGUAAGUUAAAUGUACCGCUGUCAACAUCAGUUCCAUCUCUUCUGGGAACGGUUGCAAAUUCAAAAGCAGCUUCCGAAGAUACUAAUAUACACUCAGACACUACUACGAAUUCUUCGUGUUCUUCUAGUCCGCAGAAAGUAUCACCAGGUGUUGCGCAAAGGAGAACUCAGUCACCGACACAACUAUCUGAAGCAGACCACUUAUCCGGUGGAACCGAAUCACCUGAUAUUUCCAGUCAAAAAGGUUGUGAGCAAUGUGAAACCCAUCGACAGCGAGUUGCUGAGUUAGAACAAAGACUGGAAGCGAAUCGGACUGAACUUAAGAAUACUCGUGAACUAAUGCGUCGUAUAGGAGUCAUAGCUGGUUCAUUACUUGAAUCAUGUACCAACUUUGAUAAACAGUGGAUGUCACAUAGUCGUAAAGUGUAUUCACAAAUACAGUCGGUCAUAUGCAAUAUGGAGUAA